AUGACAGGACGCGGUCGUGGUGGCCGGACAACGCCCGACAUCCCAGGCGAUCCCUCGCUCAUCUCCCGACCUGUACCUCUUCGUAGAGACUUUGCCAUUCAAGCCUUCGGCUCGGGAUCGGCAGCCGACCUCCAAACGGAACGAUACACGUCGGAUAAAGCGGUCGCAGAGCGAAGGGCGAGUAUCGCUUUAGGCCACGACCAUGGCGAUGAGGACAUGAUAAAUCUAUUGGCGGAAAUAGAUAAAUGGUCGACUGUUGACUGGGAUGAAGACAUCAGCGCACCAAGGCCUUACGACGGGACGUGGGGUUACUACGUGUUCCUGACGAGCUAUGACGAUGCGACACUUGAAAAACUGGAGCAAGCAAUGGGGAACUGGGUGCGGGUAGUCGAGCGUCAUCUCGAAGCUUAUGAAGGACCGGAAAAUAGAAGGGAAGAGCUACGCAAACGUUUUAAGCUGGAACUGAUCAAAGAUGAGGAAGAACUGGCGGGUGCCAGCGAUCAUCGCGUGCGCGAGAACUUUCGCGCAUUGAUGGGUGGCCUUGACUUACUAUUACCCGGCCGCUCGUCGCGGCCUCAAUGCCGGUACAGUGUAUGUCUUGUGAUCGACGCAGCUGCAGUCAAUAUGUUGGCUGGGUUGCAGUUCCACACGGAUCCACGCAAGCGAGACCGGACUCUGGAGGACCUGACGAUCAAGGCUAUCGAUGCGAACUGGACCAGUGAGCAUGGGAGAUCAUCAUAUUGGGAAUUCGGAGGAACUCGAGACAUGUAUCUCGGAGUUGGUCAAUUGUCGAUCAACUGCCUGCAAGAAAUGUACCUAGUUAUUACCCGUGACGCUUGUAGCGCUGCAAUGUACGACCUUCAUCCACUUAAUGGAUACCCUGGCCGGUAG